AUGUGCAGUGUCAGCCUUCGCGAGAAGUCUUCAAACGACUUGAUCGGUUCGGGCGACACAGCAGCCUUUGCAGCGUUGGAGCAACAACUCACGGACGGCGACACAGCCGCCUUUGCAGCGUUGGAGCAACAACUCACAGACUUCAAGCUGCGUCUCGACCGCGCCCUCCAGGACUCAUCCGGCGACACAGCAGCAUUCGCAGCGUUGGAGCAACAACUGACAGACGUCAAACUCCGCCUCGACCGCGCCCUCCACGAAUGCUCCUCCCUCGCCGGCACCAGCAGCGGCAGAGCAGCGCUGGGAGGGGCUCUGGGGCUGGAUGCCUCUGGAUGGAAAGAUCACCAUGAAUAUCCCAUCUCCCCUCCCGUCAUAUGCACCUCUCACUUCCCUCUCCCCUCCCCUUCCUCACUCCCCUUAAUACUACCUCAACAGGGCGACACAGCAGCAUUCGCAGCGUUGGAGCAACAACUGACAGACGUCAAGCUGCGCCUCGACCGCGCCCUCCACGAAUGCUCCUCCCUCGCCGGCACCAGCAGCGGCAGAGCAGCGCUGGGAGGGGCUCUGGGGCUGGAUGCCGCUGGAAACAUCGCCAUGAACAUGGUCCCGAACAGCAGCAGCGGGGGGGGUUUGGCUGCGUUAGGGUUAGGGUUAGGGUCUGCUAGGCGGAUGGGCGCUGGUAGUUAUUUUCCCGAUGCUGCCGGGGCUGCUGGGGGGGGAGCAGGGCGCGUGGGGGGAAAGGGAGGCGGAAAAGGAGGAGGGGGGAUGGGAGGAGGGGAGGGUGAUGGGUUGAAUCUUCAGGUGGCUUUGGAGAGGGCGCCGUUUAUGAUCGCGCACCUGGACACGAGUUUGAGAUACACCUGGGUGUUCAACCACAACCUGCUGGUCAAUCAGGAUAUGAUCGGCAAGAGGGACUAUGAUAUCCUGCCACGUGGCACUCUGGGAGUGGAGGAGGCGAUGGAGAUCAAGCAGCGGGCGCUGGCCACAGGCAAGGCGCAGCGGGGCGAGGUGGAUAUGAUUGGGAAAAGGGACUAUGACAUUCUGCCACGUGGCACUCUAGGAGUGGAGGAGGCGAUGGAGAUCAAGCAGCGGGCGCUGGCCACAGGCAAGGCGCAGCGGGGCGAGGUGGUGUGGCAGCUUCCUGGAAGGCCCCCCAUGGUGUGGGUGACAACUGCCCGGCCAAUCAGAGACGAGAAGGGGCGGACUGUGGGAGUGACUACAUCGAGUGUGGACAUAACAGAGGAGGCGCAGUACAAGGAGCGGCUGAUGGCUCUGAGGGCGGAGAUGAUGGUGCGCAGCACAACGGAGAAGGAGCUGCUCUCUCCCCUCUGCUCCUCACCCCCUCUUCCCCUUCAUUCCCCACUCCCUCUUGCGCAGUACAAGGAGCGGCUGAUGGCUCUACGAGCGGAGAUGAUGGUGCGCAACACAACGGAGAAGGAGCUGCGGCGAGCAUACGAGCUCACAGAGGACGCCAUGCGCGCCAAGUCCAUGUUCCUCGCCAUCAUGUCCCACGAAAUCCGCACGCCCCUCAACGGGAUCCUCGGAUUGGCCGAAGUUCUGCUCGAAUCUGGAGCGUUGGAUGAGGAGCAGCGCGAGAUCGUCGAGACGAUGAUGUCAUCGGGCGUGAUCAUAUCAGAUAUUCUCGCGGAUAUUUUAGAUCUCGCGAGUAUGGAAGCCGGGGAGAUGAAGCUGGAGGAGCACCCCUUUGAGCCGGUCGCGGUGGUGAAUCAUAUCUUAAAAAUGGCCAUGGCUGCUACUAAGGAGAAGGGGAUCAAAGUCCUAGCGGAUAUAUCUCCGGACAUUCCGGCGCAGAUUUUAGGAGACGAGUUGCGCGUGCGGCAGGUGAUUAAAUACCUGGUUCUGAACGCGAUUAAGUUCACGCACACGGGGCAUAUCUUGCUGCGGGUGUCGGCACAUGAUAGGGAUCCGUCUGCUGCUAUUGUGAAGGCUACUGGCGCGUAUGCUGUGGGGGGAUGGAAUGUUCCCGGAGGGGGGGGAGGGGGAGCAGGAGGAGGAGCAGCAGGGGGUUCUGGUGCUGCUGCUACCUUAGGCCGGGGGAAAGGGCUGGCUGUGGAAAUGCACAGUCAUAAUAAGGGCGCGAGGGCAGGGGGAAGCGGGCGGUUACCGCUGCUGUCCGAUGUUACGGAGGAGCAUUUGAAGAAGCUGGCAAGUUUGGGGAGUUUGGAGCAGGCUGCGCCGCUAUUGGCCGAGCUUCCGACUGAGGAGUAUGAGGAGGAAGAGGAGGAAGAGGAUGGGGAUAGCGAGAGGACGAGAGGGGAGGAGGAGGGGGGAAUGCUGAGACCUGGAGGGGGAGGAGCAGGAGGAGGGUUCUGGGGCUCGAUUGUACCAGCAGGAGGAGCAGAGAAGGGGAAGGGGAAAGCGACAGAAGUGGAGAGGCAGAUAGGCGGGGAUAUGGACGUGUGGUUGUGGUGCGAGGUGCACGACACAGGCGUAGGGAUCCCCAAAGACGCCUUCCCUCUCCUCUUUGAGAAAUUCACCCAAGUGGAAGGCGGUCCGACGCGAGCCUACGGCGGCACGGGGCUGGGACUAGCUAUCUGCAAGCAGCUGGUAGAGCUCAUGCACGGGAAGAUGGCAAUCAAGUCCAAGGUGGGAACCGGGUCGGUGUUUGCGUUCUCGGUGUGCUGCCAGCGGACCUCCCCCCGCUCCCGCCCGGCCUCGCCCACGGGCGCGAGCGCGAUUGCUGCGGCUGUGAACGCGCCGUUCGGGUUUCCCAAGAGUGUGUCUGUGUCGGGGCCUUCGCCUGGGUCUGUGGCCAGGGCGCUGUCGCCUGUGAGGGAGCAUAUGGGGCAGGUGGGGGGAGGAAUGGGGGGGGGCGAGGAUGAGUAUACAGAAGAGGAGGAGGAGGAGGAGGACGAGGAGGGGGAUUAUGAGAGUGAAUAUACGAAUGACUCGCCGAUUGCGAUCACGCCGAAGCACCUGCGGCAACCACGGGGAGCAGCAGCAGCAGCAGGAGCAGCAGCAGGAGCAGGAGCAGGAGCAGCGGGAGCGGGAGCAGGGGUGGUGGGAGGGGGGCUGGCGGGGCUGCUGGCCCGAGCCAAGGCGAUGAAAGGGGAGGUGGGGGGUUCAGGGGAGGGGUUAUCUGGGGGAGGCGCAUCUGGUGCAGGCGCCAUAGGAGGAGCUGGGUCGGUGCCGUCUCUGUCCCCUGCUUCGGCCAAAGGCCCAGAGACAAAGAUUCUUGUGGCUGAAGACAACCCCGGUUACUGGGAGGAAACAACUGGGUCGCUGCCUUCUCUGUCCCCCGCCUCGGCCAAAGGCCCAGAGACCAAGAUCCUGGUGGCUGAAGACAACCCCACGAAGGUCGUUGUUGCUGAAGGCAAUCCUGUGAGUGUUGCUGUGGGGCGGGAUGCGGAGGAGGCAGUUAGGAUGAGAGGAAGUGUUUGGCCUGCUCGUGUGGCUGGCGGAAAUGCCCCCAGUCUCACUCAGCUCCUAUCCCUCCCAUGCCAUGUCAUGCCCUCCCCGCUCCCCCUUCAGGACAGGGUGAACGUGAGCAUGGACGUGCUGCUGUCCAUGCUCAAGCGCCUGGGCCUGCGAGCCACAGUCAACGUGAUGGUGCUGCUCUCCAUGCUCAAGCGCCUGGGGCUGCGCGCCACAGUGGCCAAGAACGGUGUGGAGGCGUUGGAAGCGGUGCGGAAGGAGCGGUUUGACCUGCUGCUGUCGGACCUCUGCAUGCCCCUCAUGGAUGGGUUGCAGGUACGCGUUGACUUCGGUUGA